UUUCGUGCGCCACCUUGCCAAUGUGCUGCCACCGUGCGCUGCACGAAAUUCGCUGCAAGUUUUAUUUUAUUUUGUUAUUUCCUAGGUAAAUUCGAGCAUAGUCAAGGAGGCGCGAUGCUGGACAACGACACCAGCAACAAUAACAACUGCAACCCACAGAAGCUGCCGCUGGGCGACCUCAAGUUCGCGUUUUCUGGCCAGGAUGGGGUGCGCCGCAACAUUCCGGCACUGGACGAGCACUGGGUGCGGCGAGAGAAGCCCUUUGCCAGCUACGUGUGCAUGAUGAGCUCCUACGGCCGCCUGAAAUCCGGAGCUGCUCUGGAGGAGUGGACCUUCGCGGCCAGCAAUUGCCGCCAGGACAUGGAGUUCCUGCUCAGUCUCACUCAGCACGAAUUCUGGUCCUACGUGGUCUACGAGGAGUCGGCCAUGGCGGCCGUUGUCACAUUCCUGCAGCGCGCCAAUCCCUUCUACAGACAGACGGAUGCCAGCACGGACAAGGAUCUGGAUCAGGCCAACCGGCUGUAUGGAGAGCUGCUUGAUCUCGUCGUGCGUCUGGUAAUGCGACUGUGCACCGGCGAGGAAUCGGACUCGGAGUGGAUUAGCCCGCAGCAGCACAGCAGCCUGCUGUACACCAACUACCUGAUCUCUGUGCCAAUGCUCUUCGAUCUGCUCAUUGCCGUUGGCGAUGCAGAGCCAGCGAACGUGGAGCUGCUGCGCCAGAUCUUUGACAAGGUGCUGCGACUGCAGCCGGAGUACCGAAAGGAUCUGAAGGAGGCGCUCACCUUCUACGAGAGCGCCUUCCUCAGCAUGCAGAUCCAGGUGGAGAACGAGGGCUGCGAGGGAGCCGGCGGCGGUGCGCCUCUGGACGCGGACUUGGAGACGCCCUACGACGAUGUGGUGCUCUACGCCAUGGACUCGGCCUACACGCUGCGCCUGCUGCUGCUGCUCUGUCCCGAGCUACUGGAAACCAUCGAACAACUGCGUUUGGCUCAAAGCAUCGCCAAUUUCUAUGACAUGACCAUGCCCAUGCUGUACAAGAACAUCUACAUGGUCAACCCGGGAGCUCAGUCGCUGCGCUGGCUAAACGAGACGCGCCAGCAGUUCCUUGUCGUCUUCCGUCGCGUGGUUAGCCUGCAGAUGGAGGCGGGACGCAGCCAGCAGUUGGUGGAAGUGAUGCAGGAAUGCCUGUCCGCGCAGGCCUUCGUUGUGGACUACCAGCGGCAGUUUCCCCUGGAGCACGACAUGGAGCUGCUCGUCCAACGUUGCCCAAAUAUCAAGAACUACAAGGUGGACUUCGUGGUGGCCGGUUACCAGAAGGCGCUGAGCAGCUGUCCCAACGGCAUAAUGGCCGACGAUAUGGUCAGUAACGUGGACACCGAGGAGGAGGACGCCGAGUUUGAGGACGAGGAUUCCUCGCGCACCUCUCCACAGCCGUCACCGACGUCGAACGGAGCCACCAGGGACCUCGACUUGGAGGUCACCGCCGUGCUGGAUGUGCUGCCCGAUCUGGGCAGAGGCUUCAUAAGGCGCCUGCUCACCCGCUACGAGAACAGCGAGCAGGCCAUCGCCGCCAUUCUGGACGACAAUCUGCCGCCGGAUCUGGCGCAAAUGGAUCGGCAGGAGGUGUAUGUUCCGCCCGAUCCGCAGGACACACAGCAACGCCAAACGGGCCUGCGGCACUACAACGUCCACGAUGGCGACCGCUACGAUGUGCUGACGCGCGACCAGCCCGAGUGCAUCAUUAAGCAGGGCAAGGGAUUGCCCGGCGCGCCGCGCAAUGCGGAACAGCUACUGGACGAUAAGCGUGAUCUGAAGCAGCUGAAGGAGCGCUACCAGAACUACGCCAUGGUAGAGGAGACGCCGCUCGAGAGUGGCGAGUAUGACGACGAGUACGACGACAGCUACGAGGCUCUGAACGAGGGUCAAGCGCCGCCAGUGAGUCUGCUGCGCGCCAGGCUCCAGGGCGCUGCCUUCAAUUCCGCCUACGAGGCACAGGAUGAAGUGGAGGACGACGACGAGGAGAGCUCCGAGGGCGGCUCCGAUGCGGAGCCGGCAAAGCGAAACAACAGAGACUUUUGCGAAAAUCCCGAGGUGAUACGUGCCCGCUACCAGCAGCGCCAGAUGGCCAAGUACGGCCAGAAGAGCGGAGGACAAGGAGCGGGAGCGGGAGCGGGUUCAUCUAUAGUGGGCGCACCCAAGGGCCAGGGGCAGUCGCAGCAGACCCAACGCAGUCGUGGCCAGAAGGAGGCGCACAAAUCCUCGCGUGCCAACCACAAUCGCAAAGCGGGAGCGGCCUUCAAGCGCAGCAAGGGAAUGAUGGGUUAGUCGCCGCUCAAGAAGUCACGGAGUCCAUGGAGUGGAUGGAAAUAAAUUUAUUUGCACUUGGUGUAUUUGCA